CCUUUUCUCCACUCUCACCCUUCUCUUCUCUUCUCUUCUCUUCUCUCAAACAAAAUGGCUUCUAUUACAUCAACAAACAUGGCCAUGCUGCUGCUGUUGGCGCUCUUCGCGCUUUCAUCGGCCUCGGACAUGUCCAUAAUCUCGUACGACAAGGGCCACGCCGACAAGGGCAGGUGGCGGAGCGACGAGGAAGUGAUGUCGUUGUACGAGCAGUGGGUGAUGAAGCACGGCAAGGCCUACAACGCCCUCGGGGAGAAGGAGAAGAGGUUCCAGGUCUUCAAGGACAACCUCCGCUUCAUCGAUCUCCACAACUCCGCUAACCGAACCUACCGCCUCGGACUCAACCGCUUCGCGGAUCUCACCAACCAAGAGUACCGUGCCCGCUAUUUGGGAGUUAAGAUCGACCCCAACCGGAGGAUGCUCAAGGGCAGGACCCCGAGCAACCGUUACGCGCCACGUGUCGGGGACAAGCUACCUGAUAGCGUUGAUUGGAGGAAGGAAGGUGCUGUUGUACCAAUUAAAGAUCAAGGAAGCUGUGGGAGCUGUUGGGCAUUCUCUGCAAUUUCUGCGGUGGAAGGAAUAAAUAAGAUUGUAACAGGCGAUCUGAUUUCAUUAUCAGAACAAGAGUUGGUGGAUUGUGAUAUAUCAUAUAAUCAAGGAUGUAAUGGAGGACUUAUGGACUACGCCUUUGACUUCAUCAUCAAUAAUGGAGGGAUCGACUCUGAAGAGGAUUACCCUUACGAAGGUGUUGAUGGUAGAUGUGACAAUUACAGGAAAAAUGCUAAAGUUGUUACUAUUGAUAGCUACGAAGAUGUUCCUGCCUACGAUGAGAUAGCCUUGAAAAAGGCUGUUGCAAAUCAGCCCGUGGCAGUAGCUAUUGAAGGAGGGGGCAGGGAAUUUCAAUUAUAUGUAUCUGGUGUAUUUACCGGUAGAUGUGGAACAGCAUUAGAUCAUGGUGUCGUGGCUGUUGGAUAUGGUACAGAUAAGGGUAAAGAUUAUUGGAUCGUAAGGAAUUCAUGGGGUCCUAGCUGGGGAGAGGAUGGGUAUGUCAGAUUAGAGAGAAACCUGGUUUCAGCUAGAUCAGGCAAGUGUGGAAUUGCAAUUGAGCCAUCUUAUCCCAUUAAGAAAGGUCCAAAUCCCCCUAAUCCCGGACCAUCACCCCCUUCACCCGUGAGCCCACCAAAUGUUUGUGACAAUUACUAUAGCUGUGCCGAUAGUGCCACUUGUUGCUGUAUUUUCCCAUAUGGAAAUUACUGCUUCGAGUGGGGUUGCUGCCCUCUUGAAGGUGCUACCUGCUGUGAAGACAACUACAGUUGCUGCCCUCAUGAUUAUCCAGUCUGUGACAUUUAUCGUGGUGUUUGUCUGAAGAGUAAGAACAAUCCAAUUGGAGUGAAGGCAUUGAGGCGUACUCCAGCUAAACCCCAUUGGGCCUUUGGAGAUACUAACAAGGUCAGCAGUGCUUAAGCAGUUAAAGGGAAUGUGUACGUGCAGAAGGAGCCGAUGCUGAAGUAAAGGGAAGAUGAAGGACUGAAACACUAUCCGAUACACUUCUCCUUUAACUUUCUCAUAUGCUGCACAUAACUUACAGUUCAUUGCCAUUUUAUUAAGAUGCAAACAUAAGUAUUCUGCAUCAAAUUUCAGUCAGACAUUGGCUUUGUACAUAGGGUUAUAUUAUUUAUGGACUGUAUUUGUAUUCAAAUUCCAAAUGGCGAACUUAUUUGGUUGCUGUUAGUUUCCAACUUCUGUAGAUUAUUCUAUAAUGCAGCAAUGCUUGGAUUUAUCCCAUAUUCAAAUGCUAUUUUAGUUACAAUGUGGAGUACAA